CAGCAACACUCUGAGUGGCCACAUCCAUACCCAUAUACGUAAUUGAAGGUGGUUCUUGUGUAUUCAGAUGCCAUAGAAAAGGCAUUCAGACGAGACAAUCAAAUAUUUACAAAGGAAUUCAAAUAUCAACAGACCAUUAGAUCCAGAAUAGGUUGCUUGUAUAUAGAAAACUUAUAGAUGGUGCAACGCGCAGAGCGGAUUUGAAUGGAUUGUCUAAUCCUAGUUUGGUCAAGGAUGAGAUUCACCGCAGAGUAUAACUGCUGACUCUCGCGGCUAACCAACUAUCGGAUCUCGUGGCUAACCAAUACUAAGUAUAACUGAUGACUCGCGGCUAAUCAACUCUUUAAGUAUAAAUGUUGACUGUCGCGGCUUACAGCUAACCAAGCACCCUGUCCCAGCUGACCAGCACCUUGUCCCAGCUGACCAGCAUCUUGUCCCAGCUGACCAGCACCCUGUCCCAGCUGACCAGUACCCUGUCCCAGCUGACCAGCACCCUGUCCCAGCUGACCAGCACCCUGUCCCAGCUGACCAGCAACCUGGCCCAGCUGACCAGCACCCUGUCCCAGCUGACCAGCACCCUGUCCCAGCUGACCAGCAUCUUGUCCCAGCCGACCAGCACCUUGUCCCAGCUGACCAGCACCUUGUCCCAGCUGACCAGCGUCUUGUCCCAGCUGACCAGCGUCUUGUCCCAGCUGACCAGCAGCUUUUCCCAGCUGACCAGCACCCUGUCCCAGCCGACGAGCACCUUGUCCCAGCUGAUCAGCGCCCUGUCCAAGCCGACCAGCGCCCUAUCCCAGCCGACCAGCGCCCUGUCCCAGCCGACCAGCGCUCUAUCCCAGCCGACCAGCACCCUGUCCCACCUGAUCAGCACCCUGUUCCAGCCGACCACCAGUCACAACCGACCACCACCCUGUCAAAGCUGUUUAUGUUACGAUGGCUGUGGUGAACUGCUACUUAGUAGUAGUAAUAAUCGCCUUCUGUGGUCUUAGCUUGCCAUUGCCCUCUGAUGACCAACAGGAACCUGUGUCCAAUUCACAAGCCACCCUUGAUAUACCAACAAACCAUGAGAAAAUUAUCCAUUCUCUUGAUAUGGAUCUUCUGAAACCAAGAUUAGAGUCAUCAUCAUAUGGUUCUACAAAAUUUGAGAGCAUCAUAUUCAAUAUAUUUAAUGCUCUCAACAGUAUUUUUCAUUUUAUUGUGAUGGUGGUAGAUAAGGACAGUGCAUCAGAGAUGGAUAUGGUAGAUGAAUCAUGGUCUGAAUGGAUAAUAAAUAUACUUCAGUUUCUACCUUUAAAACUUAUGAAAAAGAUUUAUGGCCAAGACUUAGAAACAGUGUUACAGGAUAUCCGUUAUUUCACAUGGAAGAUAUUCAUAGGAAAUGUAUUUAAUUAUUUUCAAGUCACUCCAAAAGAUAACAGCACAUACAACUUCCUGAUAAAAGGUGAAACUUUUCAGCAGACUUCCACGGGCGUUACUUUUGACCCCAUUGGCCAGUUCUUGCUAAUGAUUAAGCAUAUCAUCAAAGAUGCUAAGUCAUCUGCUUCAAUAGUGGAUUGGCUGGAGAAAGUUUUAGAACAUUUAUACAGUUAUUCUUUCUUCAAUGAACAGAUGUUACCAAGCAAAGAAAAUUACAAUGUAUGGAUGGAUGCUAUGGGAAUUGUUAAUAUACCUGGAAUGUUUACUGUUUCAAUAUACGAUCCUGUGAAAUUUAUUCUCAACGCAUUAAUCUUCAUAGGUGCUAAUUCACUUUUCUUGACGGCUUAUGUCCCUGGCUUUCCCACAUUCGAAGAGUUCCUCUUGUAUGGCUUCAACCCACCACCCGACUAUGAUGCCGACUAUGGUGGUGGUCCAGAUUAUGCUGAUGAACAAAGUUCAGGUGAUGGCACUGAUGAAGGCCUAAACUCUGCUGAUGGUCAAGAUUUAGGUGAAAAUAAUGAUCAAGAUUUGGUUAAUGAUGGUGAUCAAGGUUUAGACCAGUUAAAUGACUCAGGUAUUGGCCAGGUGAAUGAAGAUGAUACUGGCCAGCUAAAUGAUGAUGGAGGGAUUGGCCAGCUAAAUGAUCAGGGUUUUAGCCAGUUUAAUAGUCAAGGUGUUGGUCAAUUUAAUAUUCAAGAUUUAGAUCAAGGUGCAAAUCAAGGUUUCCUUCAGGGUGUUGAUCAAGUUACAGGAGAGACUCAGAUAAGGCGGCACAAUGACAGGCCGCAUUAUGUCUACUUUAGUCAUGAACGUUACGGCACUGGCUGGAACAGUGGUAGCAACACGUGGCCUCCCAUACGCAGCAAUGGCAACAGCAACAGCUAUGACCAGAGGUGA